AUGUUCGGGUUCCUGCGAGAGGUGCGUCCUUCCAGGCUAUCCGCGUAUAUCCUGUGCCUUAGCUACCACUACGCUAGAGCCUUGGGCGUUAUCUGUUUUGGCAUCUCAAAGAAGGGACCCAACGAUGCCUUGGUGGGACGCAAGAACUUCAGGCUCAAGUGGUACUCCCUUAUCCUGCGCAUCUGCUGCUCUGCGAUGGUUUGCUGCUUCUGUGCGCCAUACGUGGUGGUGCUCGAGGAUCCCUAUGAGUGGGUGCUGGAGUGCAUGCGACUGGUGGCCUGUCUCGUCUGCACCACUUGCAUCCUGGUGCUGCAGGUGUUCCACGAGCACGAGGUUCUCCGCAUGAUCAACAGCUUCCUCAGGCUCUUUCGUCGUGUGCGUCAAAUGUCGGCGAGAACGAAGCUCGGCUUUGGUGGCAAGCGGGAGUUUGUUCUACUCCUCUUCAAGGUCAUCUGCCUCGGCUACGAGCUCAUCUGCGAGUGUCAUAACUUACUGUUCACUUCCAGUCUGCUGGGCAGGCUGACAAUUCUGUGCGAGAUCAUUGUCGAACUUGGUUCCCUGAUGAUCAUUCACAUCGGCUUCGUGGGCUACCUCAGUGUGGCGGCCCUCUACUCGGAGGUCAACAGUUAUGUUCGCCUUGAGCUGCGACGCCAGCUCCGUUCGCUGGAGCGUCCUGGCGGUGCUCCCGCCAGUCGCCGUCAGCUGAGGAUCGCCAGUGGCCGCCUGGAGGAGUGCGUGGCCGUCUACGACGAGAUCGAACGGGUGGGCCGAUCGUUUCAUGUACUGCUCGAGCUGCCAGUGCUCAUAAUACUCAUGGCCAAGAUCUUCGCCACCACGGUGCUGGCCUACGAGGUGAUCAUACGCUCCGAACGGUAUCCCAGCCAGGCUGGCAUGUGGGGCCUGGUGCUGAAGAGCUUCGCCGAUGUGAUACUCCUGACCCUGGCUGCCCACGAGGCGGUCAGCAGCUCCAGAGUUAUACGAAGAUUGAGCCUGGAGAAUUUCUCUGGCAGCGAUCACAAGGAGUGGCAUGUUAAGUUGGAGAUGUUCCUGAGUCGCCUGAACGUCAACGAGUUUCGUGUGCGUCCCUUGGGCUUGUUUGAGGUCUCCAACGAGAUCAUUUUGGUGUUUUUGUCCAGCAUGAUUACCUAUUUCACCUACGUGAUGCAGUAUGGAAUACAAACCAAUCGCUUAUGA